UGCGUUACACCCAUCAAGAAUAACAACGACGUUCUUUCUCCUCAGUUCACUUCUUCAGUCUACUCCGCCAUGUGGAUCACUCGUGGAAUCUCACUCAUCAACUUCGGAGUUGCCUCUUCAGCGUUGGCAUUCCAAGUCUUCGUCCUAUACCCGUGGCACCACCAGCUAGACGAUGAGUUCAAAGCCUUGAAAAAGGAACACUACCGCGUACUGCAGCAGCUCAAUCUACAGAAGCCCCUGCUGGAACAUAAAUGA